UUACGCUGUAAACUGUGGAUAAAUAAUGGCAGAUAAGAAACGUGAUUUAAUUAAAAUUAUAUUCCAAAAUUUUUUUAAAUCGUUGAGGCCGAGACAGUUUCGCGGUAAUUAUAUUGGUGAAGAUUACUUUGGUAACAAAUAUUAUGAAAUUCCUGCAAAUCCGUCGAUCGGUAAACGCAAGCCUUCAAGAUGGUUUGAGCCGGCCGAUAAGGAAGCUUUCGAUCAAGAGCUUACGGCCGAGUGGGAGGCUUGGCUAAGAGGCCGUCGUGAUGCACCACCCACAAAAGAAGAAUUGAUCCAAAAUUUACAAAUUAUGGAAAUGAAAAAGCGGAAUGCUGAGAAACUUGAAGCUAAAUAUAAAAAAAAUACCUCGGCACCAUCCACAAGUGCGAUUGGCACUUACCCUAAAUACGAAGAAUUUGAAAUAAUACCAAAUAAGGAUCCGGAAAAGAAAUAAAUUUAAAAGACACCAUGUUUAUUUAGUUAACA